GCUAUAUAAAACUGACCUGGCAGGUCUAUCUUUGCAAAGAUGAAUUAACGGGCAGAAGUCUAGCUAUGAAAUGUAUUGAAACUGGAAAUAUUGACCAUAAUGUUAAAGCAAAACAAGAAGUUGAAAAUUUUCGACAUGAAAUUUCACUUUUUCAAUUAUUAAAUCAUGAACGAAUUGUGAAAUACUUUUGCACUACUUAUACUAGCACUACAACAUCGAUUAUUAUGGAAUUCAUGGAAGGGGGAUCUCUUUUUGAUAAAAUAUCAAAUGAAGGAGCUUUAGAUGAGAAGACAGCAUCAGAAAAAUCUUAUCAAAUCCUUUGUGGAUUGGAUUACUUACACAAUAAAAAUAUUGUACACAGGGAUAUUAAAAGUGCCAAUAUAUUGUUAGAUUUAUAUGGGAAUUGCAAGCUUGCUGAUUUUGGUAUAUCAAAACAGAUACAAACAAUUCGUUCUCAUGCAGGAUGUAAAUCAUCUGUUGGAACAUGUUAUUGGAUGAGUCCUGAAGUUAUUAAUGCAACCUUUCCUAAUUUUGAAUAUGGAAAAAAAGCUGAUAUAUGGUCAUUCGGUUGUACUGUACUUGAAAUGUUAACAACAAAACCGCCAUGGUCUCAUUUACAUUCUACGGCUGCUAUAUUUCACAUUGGUAUGCAUCCAACUAUUCCCCAUUUGCCUGAUAACUCCUCUAAUUCGUGUAAAAUAUUUGUAAAUGAUUGUUUUCAACGUGACCCAAAAUUACGACCAAAUGUAUUGCAGCUGUUGUCUUAUGAUUGGGUUAAAAGAUGUGCAUAAAAAGAAAUUCGCAAUUCAAUGAUGAAAUUUGUUUCAGCAAAAUUAUCAACUGAAUAGUAAUCAAUAACUUUUGCAAGUAAAUAUCGAUACGUUUUGCAAGUUAAUAUCGGUGCUUAAGUAGUUAUCGAUACGUUUUACAAGUAAAUAUCAAUUCUUAAAUUGCUCGAUAAAAAUUAUUUUUAAAAAUUUUUAAAAUAGAUGUCUCUCGAUGAUAUUUUUUAAUAUAAUUGUAUGUAAUUCCUAGGGAUAUGUAAUUACUUUUAUUAUUUUAAUUAUUAGGGAUAUGUAAUAAAGGGAUAUGUAAAGGGAUAAUGUAUAAUUACUUUUAGUAUUUUUUAAUAUAUAAUUAUGAUCGAUUUUUUUUAUAAUCUUGUCUUAAAAUUUGUUUGAACUUGACAAACAAAAAAUAUCAUAUUUUUAUUGAGUGAUUUCCAUAAAAGAUAUCAGGAAUUUCUUCCAAGUUUUUAGAGAUUUUAUAGAAUUUAUUGAGUUGCACAGUGGGCCAGGUGGUGGACAAAAGUAAAAAAAAAAUACAUUUUCAAAAAUUACAUUAUUAUAUACCAUUUUAUAGCUUAAACAUUCAGCUUUUAUAAAAUAUAUUUUUGUAUAAUUAUCAUGACGUAUGUUUCUAAACUGUUGUGA